GGAGGGUAGACAACUCUCAAUGUAAACUUCCGUGUGAGUCAUUCCGAAAUAUUGUUCACAGUUUGUUACGGUUGUGUAAGGUAUUCUCGUGCACAAAUUGCUAUGUGUGAACGGAAAACGCAAUAUGGCUGAAGGUGCUAGCUCGGACGUACCUAAAAACACGCUGCCAAUCCGCGGAAAGGUACAAAAAGUGCGCCAGGAGUGGGCAGUACAUGAAGACGGGGCCUUUGCCUACCAUCUACAGAGUGAGGAAAUUGACCGCCACUACGGAUUGAAUCGCUUCAACAAUAGGACAGUCAGGGUUGACAUUCCGAUCGCCAAAAUUGUUCAGACAGAUGAAGAAUUGCGACUGCAAAAUGAGCGUUUCCAGGAGCUUCAGGCAUUGAAUGCUCAAGCAGAGGAGGAUGAGAGGAUUGCCAAGCAGCUGUUGGAGCAGGAGCAGCUCCAGAAUGAGGCUCACAAGAUGGCCAUAGAGCUCACAGAUGAGGAGUUUGCCAAGAGUGUACAGGAGAAAGAGAAGAAGCGAUACGAGCGAUACCUGGAGAAGAAGCGGCUGCAGAAGCUGAAGAAGGAGCGAGAGCAGAUAGAGAGAACACAGCAGCAGCGUACGGAGGAGGCCAGACUACAUGUGAGACAGACUUCAGGUGGGACACGCAGCACAGAUGACCUUGAGGAGCACAUGGGUGACCUUGACCUCCACGAAGGUCAAAACCAGAGGUAUUGUUGCAGUUACAGGGUGACCCCAAGUGGCAAGAUCGAGGAUGACGGUGACUUCUCUGACUUCUACAAGCUGCCCGACCACGUGGACCCCGCACACAGGCAGGUGCUCCAGGAACUGCAGGAUGAGGAGCUGGCCAAGCUGCUGCAGGAGCAGGAACACAAGCGUACAAAGGCGGAGGUUGACCGGGCGAAGCUGCGGGAGAUAGAGGCUCAGGACGCGCGUCUGGCAGAGAUCAUGCAGGAGCAGGAGAAGAUACGACUGAAGAAGGCCAAGCAGAAGUGGAAAGAGGAACAAGAGGCUAAACGUGCACAGGAGGCAGCCCAGAGACCCCCACCUCUGCCCCGCCGGCCUGCCGACCAUGACCACCGCCGGUACCGACGUAACAGCUUCAUUCUCUCCAUGGAGAACAAUGGCGGAGAUGGGGAUCAGCAGGAUGACCUUUCCAGUCCGGGGUCGUCUGAUGACUUCAUUCCAGCUGACGACCCAAGGCUGCAGCCUACUCUGGGACAUAGACUUGCAGAUCAAGCCUCUACUGAGAGACAUAGAUCUGGUCAGGCCUCUGAGAGACAUAGAUCUGGUCAGGCCUCAGAGAGACAUGGAUCUGAUCAGCAGGCUUCUGAGAGACAUAGAUCUGAUCAGGCCUCUGAGAGACAUAGAUCUGGUCAAGAUUCUGAGAGACUCAGAUCAGUUCAUGCAUCAAAUGGACAGAGGUCUGAUCCAAGAAGACAAGCUUCUGGUGAUAUGUCAUUAAACCACUCAGGAGGUGGCUCUCGUGAGAUUAUGCAAAACUUUCAAAAUGUGCAAAAAGUGAAAAACACAAACUUGAAUAACACUCGAAAUCAACCGGAUUUUAACCCAGCAAUUUUGCCACAAGAUAAGCCAGACGUUGAACGAUGGCUGGCUUCACAGCCCCCAGAUGCUUUACGUCGUCGGUUGCGUUCGGAGGAAAGUGAUCAGAUGUUUGACUCGCCCUCACCACCUAAUAGCCUGCAGGACGAUGAAGCAUUCUCACAUAAUGGACUAAGUCGCUCUCACCACCACAAUGUGACGGCCGAUACGGGGUCCCACUAUGCAGUCAGUGACCCAUUCAACUUCAAUAUCGCCACGGCGAUAGACCCCACGUACACAAGGCGAACGUCUGAAGGGGUAACGGAGAGGAAACAGCCCGUGAAUCAUUCACAGCACAGGCCCCCUGUGGCCUUAGAAGACCGAACCAUUGGUACCGGAUCAUCCCACGAUAGCUACAAUGACGACGAACCAGGGGUUGUGAGCCCAUUUGUGCCGGUUCAAGGUCAACGAAGGACAGGGGGUGAAAGGUCACGGAAACCCAAACAACCUGAUAGGGGACAGAACUCGUCAAAAGACAAAAAUAAUUGUAAACAGCAGUAGUUUCUGAAUUGCAUUUAACUGACUUGUCCACAGGUUGGCAAAAUAACAAUUAAAAAAAAAAAUUGUCGUAGAAUUAAAAAAAGAAUGUAUGCGUCGAUGCCAAACAAGCAAAGUAACACUUGGAUCUCCUUACUGUGAAUUUUAAACGAUUAAAUUGUUUUUGGAUAAUUUUCAAUUGAAAUUGGUACAAUAAUUAAGUGUUUAUAUUGCUUUUCAAUCUUAAUGUUUAAAAAAUGUGAAUUAUCGACAUAACGCUUAAACUACUUCCUGAAUAUAAAACUACAAUGUACCAGAAUGUAGCUAAUAGUUUUAAGAUCGCAUUUGUCAUUCCAUUUAAAGUUUCAUAUUCCAUGAAGGGUAAAAUAAUGCUUGGUCAGUUUUUGUAUAAAAUGUUACUAACACAAUCAUGCAAUUGUAAGCACCAAACGUCUCACAGUUCCAUUUUUAAGGAACAGGGUUUUUAUGUAAUUGACUUCACUGUUGACAUUUUAUGAAUUAUAAUUUAUCAAAGUACAAAACAACUAGACACUGAAUUGUUUAGCAGUUCAAGUUAAAGAAUUGUAUUGAAAAGAAAAAUAUCCAUUUUCAAUUCUGCUGCUGAUUAUUUGGACAUAUCAAAACAUUCCAUUUAAAUUUAUCUGGUGUGCCUUCAAAACAAGUUUCUUUACAAAGUAUCAAAUUUCAUUUUUUCAUGGAUGUAUAAAAUAAUAGUUAUAAUGAUGAUUCUGCUGCAAUGAUUUUUUGUGAAAUGUCUUUCCAAGUUCUGAAAUUCAAAAUAUAGAUGGAGAAAGGAAAAUGUAUUUCAUGAAAAUAUCUAACUUGAAUUUCUGUUUGAUUGUAAUUAAGUAGUACUAAAAAUGUUUAUGAAUUUUGAAAAAGAACUAUAUAGUAUUACUUUUAUAAACAGCAAUAAAAUUAAAACAAGAAAUUUAUGAAUGAGAUAAUUUAGACAAUUUGCGGGUUAUUGUUACAGAUAUUUAUAGUUGAUUUUUUAUACUUUUGCAAAUACUCAAUAUGUGUAGUGUAGAUGACAAUGGUAUCACCACCUUCAAGGUGGUUGCACAGGUUGCUAGACACAACAAAUUAUUAUUAGACUAGAACAAAGCUUUUACAUCGGUGAUGGAUUCCACAUGUAUUUCCAUUUUCAUUCCACGUAAGAUUUUACAUAUGUAAUUUUAGAUGCCACACUAUUUUCAUGUUCAUUCCACUUCAGAUUUUGCAGAUGUAUUUUAAGCUUGACUGUUAAUGAGACAGUACAAGCUGUAUUACUCACCAUAAUGUGUCUUGUUCUGUGAAAAUUGGGCAAAAUGCAUGUGCGUAAAGUGUCAUCCCAGAUAAGCCUGUGCAGUCCGCACAGGCUAAUCAGGGAUGACACUUUCUGCUUUAAUGGUAUUUUUAGUUUAAAGGAAUUCCCUUUUUACCAAAAUCUAGUAAAAGUGGAAAGUGUCGUCCCUGAUUAGCCUGUGCGGACUGCACAUGCUAAUCUGGGACAACACUUUACGCACAUGCAUUAUGACCAGUUUUAUCAGAACAAGACACAUAUAUUAGUGUGGACGUAAUGCUCUUGUUAAGGUAAACUUAUGGAUACUUAAGGAACUUGGGAAUAUUGGAUACUUAUAGGAUUGUACAUGUGUCCUUUCUGUUACAAACUAGUCACUAAAUGUUCUGUAUAUCAACCUGAAACUUCAUAAAUAUGUGGUAAUUGUGCAAGAGAUUAUUUUAGUGGAUGUCAGGCUAUUUGUUUCUGAUGUGCUUUUGAACAAAGGGCAAUUUUGGAUACUAACAUUUUUCUACAUGUGUAUUUUGUGUUGCAAGCAGUUUUCUGUGUAAUAAAAGAAAACUAUUCAAGUGAUGUUUAUACUUUGUAAAAGUGCAAGACAUUAUUUUGGUUGGUGUCACACUAUGGGUUGAAGAGUAAUGUGCCCUUGAACUUAGACAUUUGAUUCAAUAAAUCAAUAUGAAGCUUUUUGUCUCUAUGUGUGAUCAAAGUGUAGUAGCAAACGAAAAAAAAAACAAAAAAAAUUAACUGAUAAUUAAGUUUUGUACCUGCUUAAAAUGAGUCUUUGCGGGGCAGUUGGUCAUCUUUCAUAACUGUUCUGGUUUUAACUGUUAUACUUACUCUACCGGUAUUCAAAUAUAUGUAUUGCUAUUGUUUUGGUUAUUUUCUUGACAAAACGAAGUUGUGUUCAAUAUAUAUAAGCACCAUGGUUACCAUUGUUUGAAUUUAAAUUACUUGUAUACAUUUUAGUUCACUUUUAACUGAAUGUAUGCCUUGACAACACUUUUUUAUGGCUUUAUAUAUCGUUCACCUUACUAUUGGGCCUUCUAUGUUAAUAUGCUGGCGCAUUCCAUUUCAUUCCAAUUGAUGUUUUGCUGAAGGAAAAAACUGAAAUAAAUGGCUUCAAACCAUGCUGUCUCGCAGGUAAUGUCAGUACAACUUUAGAUGUACAUAUUAUUACAUGUAACAAUUGUAAUGUUUAUUUAUUUUUUUCACAAAUCGAUGUGGAUCCAACUGACUGUGAAGGGAGGCUUAAAGUUCCUACAUGUCAUCAGUUUGUCAGUCUGUGCUGCUUCUAGAGUGGCUCAUAAUUUCUGAAGUGUUGAAGGCAUGCAAAUGGAAAUUUAUUAAAAUGAUAAAGGGGCUUUCAGGGGAAGAGUAGAUUUCAAGAACCGCAAUUCUCCGCAGAAUUUACAGAGUGAUUGCCAUUCAGUAAACUUUCUUGGUAUAACUCCCUCAAUAAAAACUUUACAUUGAUAGAGUAUUUUAACUUCAACUCUUAACGACAAUUAGUUUUAACUUGAAAUUGUUGUAACAUACUAGAUAUCCGGGGGUCAAGCACCAAGUAAAUGGUAAGAAAUUAACCCUACACAAAAAUAAAACUAGACUCAGCAUAGUUCUUGUAUGUAACUUUGUUAUUUAUUGAUUGAUCCUUUUUAUGCCCCCGAAGGAGGGCAUAUAGUGAUCGCACUGUCCGUCUUUCCAUCCAUCUGUCUGUCCGUCUGUCUGUCACACUUUGCAUUUAGGUUUAAAAAAAUGCUCAUAACUCUAUGUCCAUUCAGAUGUAACAUUCAUAUUUGGUAUGCAUGUGUAUAUGGACAAGGCCUUUCCAUAGGCUCACAAAUUUUGACCCCUUUGACCUUUACCUUGAACUUAGGGUCAGCAUUUAGGUUUCGAAAAAUGCUCAUAACUUCUAUCAAAGCGCUUAUCGGGGGCAUCCUAUGGAGACAGCUCUUGUUUUUCAUAUUAUAAACAUGUUUUUACAGAAAAAAUAGUAUUUAUAUACAAAACGGAUAUUUGUUGGUUGAUAUAGAUUAUUGAUUUUAAUUCAUGACUGAGCAUGGAAUCAAAUACUGAUUGUUCAUGACUGAAUUAAAAUCAAAUGUCUACCACAAAAUAACACCUUUAUUGUAUGCUUUCCCAAGGUUUAUUAUAAUAUAAAAAAAUCUUAAAGUAAGGUGUUGAAUGGAAAAUUAAGUGCAGAAUCAUAAAAAUGAUGUUAUUUAAAAAAAUGUUGAGGCGGGAAAACCCAAUGAUCAGUUGUGCGUACAGAGUUCAUUACAGAAACUUGUAGUUCUAGUGCUGUGAAAAGUAAAAACUGUCCAUAAUUUUGACUGUUUAGGACAAUUAAAUAUCCAUUUACCUUGAAACAACAGGAAAGUAUAUGAUAAUUUUGUUAUGUGUUCAAAGGUUGCUGAGUUUAUACUUAUUUUGAUUGCAUGGUAUUCAAAUAGUAUAUUUUUACUAUAAAUUGUAUAUUUUAUACACUUGAAUGGUAGUAUUUGUUAUGUAACUGAUUAUAGGUAGGUUUGGAACUUGUGCAAGAAGACGUGACCUUAUUGCAGUGUUUAUAUACGUAUCUUUAUAUUCAUGUGGAUGGCAUAGGUUAUGUAAAUGAUCCUCCCUCUGGGAAACGGGGCUUAAUGCAUGCCAGUGAAGUGUCGCUCCAUAUUAGCCUGUGCAGUCUGCAUGACACUUUCCACUUUAAUGGUAUUCUUGUUUUAAAGGACAUCUUCUCUAAAUGAAAGUCCAGUGUAGUUUAAUGUAGGACGUCACUACGCUCAUCCAUUAAGCCCCGAUUUUCCCACAAUGUGAUGUAUAUCUUUUAUUUCUGCUGAGCUGUGUUGUCUUUUCAAGGAUAGAGAACAUUAACCCAUUUAUGCCUAGCGUCUAGAAAAAAGGCCUUGGCAAACAGCGUAGACCCAGAUGAGACGCCGCAUGAUGCGGCGUCUCAUCAGGGUCUGCACUGUUUGCUUACAGGAAUUUCUGUAAGAACUAUUCUAAAUAUAGAAAUAAAUAUACUAGACAUCCAUAAUUUUGGAAAUAUAUUGAUCCAAUUAAGAAGGAUGGGAGAGUCCACUAGGCAUAAAUGGGUUAAGACGCUUCCUGAAAACUAAUUUGAGGAAGCGAACCCAUAGUUUGAUAAUACACUUUGCAAUUUCUUUUAUUGUCUGUUUGAAUUGUGUGUGCAUUUUCACACGAAUAUAUUAGCAAUCAUGAUUGUACACAAUACCUUUAAUACCAGAAAUAUAUUGGUCCUUUGUGUAUUAAUUGUAAAAAAGGUUUUUUAUGUUUUCUUUGAUCACAUAUACACAAAAAACACAAAUUAACACAGUGUUUUUCCUUUUUUAAAUUAGAAAAUUAUCAAAUUGAUAAUCUUUGAUUAAAUGUUAAUUGUUAGUAUGUUUUUGUUAGUUAAAUCUACUCUGAUCAGAUCAAAUUAAAAAACAAAAAAACUAUUAAAUCUGCCACUUUUCUUUUUAUGCCCCCCUUCGAAGAAGAGGGGGUAUAUUGCUUUGCACAUUUCGGUCGGUCGAUCUGUCGGUCCAUCCACCAGGUGGUUUCCGGAUGAUAUUUCAAGAACGCUUAGGCCUAGGAUCAUGAAACUUCAUAGGUAGAUAGAUCAUGACUCGCAGAUUACCCCUGUUGAUUUUGAGGUCACUAGGUCAAGGUCAUGGUGACCCGAAAUAGUAAAAUGGUUUCCGGAUGAUAACUCAAGAACGCAUAUGCCUAGGAUCAUGAAACUUCAUAGGUAGAUUGAUCAUCACUUGCAGAUGACCCCUAUUGAUUUUGAGGUCACUAGGUCAAAGGUCAAGGUGACCCGAAAUAGUAAAAUGGUUUCCGGAUGAUAACUCAAGAACGCUUACGCCUAGGAUCAUGAAACUUAAUAGGUAGAUAGAUCAUGACUCGCAGAUGACCCCUAUUGAUUUUGAGGUCAGUAGGUCAAAGGUCAAGGUGACCCAAAAUAGUAAAAUGGUUUCCGGAUGAUAACUCAAGAACACAUAUGCCUAGGAUCAUGAAACUUCAUGGGUAGAUUGAUCAUGACAGGCAGAUGACCCCUAUUGAUUUUGAGGUCACUAGGUUAAAGGUCAAAGUGACCCGAAAUAGUUAAAUGGUUUUCCAGAUGAUAACUCAAGAACGCUGACGCCUAGGAUCAUGAAACUUCAUAGGUACAUUGAUCAUGACUCACAGAUGACCCAUAUUGAUUUUCAGGUCACUAGGUCAAAGGUCAAGGUCACGGUGACCCGAAACAGUAAAAUUGUUUCCGGAUGAUAACUCAAGAACGCUUUUGCCUAGGAUCAUGACACUUCAUAGGUACAUUGAUCAUGAUUCGCAGAUGACCCCUAUUGAUUUUCAGGUCACGAGGUCAAAGGUCAAGGUCACAGUGACAAAAAACGUAUUCACACAAUGGCUGCCACUACAACGGACAGCCCAUAUGGGGGGGGGGCAUGCAUGUUUUACAAACAGCCCUUGUUUAUAAUUUAAAACUAUAGUUGUUGGAUAGUUACAGAUUAUUUCAUUUGGUGUUGAUGACAUUAUUCUGUUGAACAGCUUUGCUGUUAAGUUCAUUUUAAACUUUUCCCUAUGCAAGCUUCUUAAAAAUAAAAAUUAAAAUUGGAAAGUUCCUGUUUUCCAAUUGAAGAACAAUUACUUUGAAUCUCAUUUUGAUUUGCUCAGUCAGAUGUUAACAACAUACCUGUUAGUUUACGUGGUUACGAUGAUGCACUAAUCACUCAGUAAUGUAUACAUCACAUACACAGUUGAAAUACCUGUUAAGUUCUUGUGAACAGUGAAAAUGAGUGUGUAAUUCAACAUUUUUAUUACUGAAUAACCCUCACCCUUGUUACAAUUUAAUUAUAAAAAUACAUUGAGUAACGUGCAUUAUUUACCAUUUCAGAAACUAUUGUUUCAACUUCUAUUUGCAGUAAUAUCAUUGCUUUAUUUUAAUAUAUUUAAACUCAAAAUGGUGUCCUUUUCAUCAAACAUUUAAUUAGCAAAUGGUCUAUAUUCGUUUUGAUUGUGCAUUAUGUUUUUUGUUGUGUAAUAAACACUAAAUUAAAACUUAUCUAAGCAAACAGAACAUUAUUAGGAAUUUUUGGAUAUUGAAAAAUGUACUCCUUAAGACAUGUACAAAGGCUAUUCAUUUUAUUUAUGUGCAAAAUUUAAAUUCAUAUAUAUUUUGUCAAUUGUAAUUAUUUUCAUUGUUAUUGUAUAAAUAACUAAUCAAGCAAUUCACAUUUGAGCUGCACAGGUAUAACUUUGUUGAUUUAUAUUAUAUUUUUGUUAAUAAACAUGCUUACUGAC